GGGAUCUGAAGCCUCGCGUGAAAAGAAAAGAAUGAGAUGAUUCAUGGUGAUGGCUUGCAGGGUCAUAAAUAAAAGAAGGCACAUGGGACUUCAACAACUUUCAUCAUUUGCAGGAACAGGAAGAACUUUCCUAGGCCCAUUAAAAUCAUCGAAAUUUAUUAUAGAUGCAGAGUGUCAUGAAAGUGUGUUAAUCAGUUCAACAGUAAGGCUUCUCGAAAGUUUGGAUUUAACCAGCGCAGUGGGACAACUUCUCAAUGAAGCAGUUCAAGCACAAAAUAACACAUAUAAAACUGGAACUAGUACUCUUCUGUUCCUUGUUGGUGCAUGGAGCAGUGCUGCUGAAGAAUGUCUCCAUUUAGGUGUCCCCAUUUCAUUAAUAGUGUCUGCAAUGUCAGAAGGCCUGAACUCUUGCAUUGAAGAGGUAGUUUCCCUUCAAGUACCUAUCCACAAUGUAUUUGACUAUAUAGACAGCACAAAGACAUUUUCUGGACUUGAAACAUUUAGUGGCAGUUUGUGCCCUUUUCUACAAAUCCCUUCAGAUACUGGUUUACAGAAAGAGCAUGAUCUCAAAGAUGUUGCCUCUCCAUCACUGACCAUUUGCAAUCUUUCUGGGAUACCUGUUAAAUCACCUAAACUCUUUAGACCUCAGGCUGAAGUUGAAGCAGAUAAAAACACAUUACAAAAUUCUCAAACUCUGAAAAACAGUCUGCUCACAGGCAACCAUCAUAGAAAGUCAAUACUAAUCCACAGUAGGCAUUUUAAUAGGACAGAUAAUAAUCAGUGGAUAAACAAACCAGAUGGAUUUCUAGAACAACAUGGUGCAGCUUCUCCCAGUACUUACAGAUGUAAUGAUUUGGUAGAGUUGGAGAUGGGUUUAAGUCACGGAGAUCACAACAGCAUGAAAUUAGUAGAUGAAGCAGUACGGCUGCAGUAUCAGAAUGCAAGUAUGCAGCAAGGCAACUGUACGAUGCCAUUUAGGUUUGACAUUUCAAGACUCUUCACUUGCUGUUUACCAGGUGUACCUGAAACUUUCUCUUGUGUCUGCCCAGGAUUUAUCACUGUAGUAUCAAUAUCUAAUUCUGCUCUGAUUAAGGAAUUACAGAAUCAGCCUCUCCGGAUUAUUCUCAUUGAGGGUGACCUCACAGAGAAUUUUCGCCACCUGGGAUUUAACAAGGCUACAAAUAUUAACACAGUACUGGAAAGCAUGAAGGUUCAACAAGACAGCUCAGAAGAACUGUGGACAAAUUAUGUAUUACAGGUACUAAUUAAGUUCAAUGUGAACCUUGUCCUGGUACAAGGAAAUGUGUCUGAACACUUAAUUGAAAAGUGCAUACCCAAUAAGCAGUUGGUACUUGGGCCAGUGAAUAGCAGUGUGAUGCAGGCUUUUGCAGAAGCUUCAGGAGCAGUACAGGUGACCUAUAUCACACAAGUGAAUGAAAACUGUGUGGGCAGUGGGGUCUACGUGACCUUCUGGAGAAGUAUUCCUUCGGAUGUCAUGGGUAGAAUCAAUAUAAUCACAGUCGUGAUAAAAAUAGAAGGAAUUAAUUUGGUUACAGUAGUGCUCACUAGCCCAGUCACUGCACAGAUGCAAUCCAAAGAAGACAGGUUCUGGGCUUGUGCCUAUCGUCUGUAUUAUGCUCUAAAAGAGCAAAAGGUCUUCCUUGGAGGUGGGGCAGUUGAAUUUUUGUGUCUUAGCCAUCUUCAAAUUCUUGCAGAGCAAUCACUGAGUAAACGAAACCACGUCUGUUCAGGAUGGCUUCAUAAUACUUCCUCUUGGCUGGCCUCAUCUCUGGCACUAUACAGAUCAACUGUGCUUAAAUGCCUGGCAAACGGAUGGCACAAAUACCUUUCAACUCUCGUAUAUAACACAGCCAAUUGCUCAUCAGAAUUUGAAGCCAGCACAUUCAUUCAACAGCAUCUACAAAAUGCCACAGACUCUGGCUCUCCUUCAUCUUACAUCUUGAAUGAAUAUAGUAAACUAAAUAGUGGAAUUUUUAAUUCAGGCAUUUCAAAUAAACUGGAACAGAUUCCAAGCAUUUAUGACGUUGUUAUACCAAAGAUUGAGGCAUGGCGCCGAGCUUUGGAUUUAGUACUCUUAGUACUUCAGACAGACAGUGAAAUUAUUACUGGACUUGGACACACACGGUUAAAUUCACAGGAAACAGAGGGCUUUUUAUUUUUGUAGUGUUAUUGGCUAAGUCUUUGGAAAAUAAUAUUUUGUUAUAUAUCAUGCUAAUAAUAAAUUUCCUAGUAGCUAAGUCA